CACAAAGACAUUCCUGUCAUUGACGUUAUUGCCUUCUCCGCCCAAAUUUUAUAUAAGGAAAAAAGUUUAUAUACUGUUGUUUGUUUCUGCUAAUCUGCUACAAGUUUUGCACACAAAUACAAAACUUCUUUCAUAUCUAAAUCGAUCGAUUGAGAAGUGAAGAGAGAAGAAGAAAUGGAGCUCAAACCAGGAUUAUCUGCUUUGGUCACUGGAGGUGCCUCUGGGAUUGGGAAAGCUCUUAGCUUAGCUCUUGCAGCAAAGGGAAUAUUUGUGACAGUUGUUGAUCUAUCUGAAGAAAAAGGAAGGGAAGUUGCGUCCCUUGCUGAGAGAGAGAAUGCCAAGUUCCAUUUGAAGAUGGAUUUUCCAUCUGCUAUGUUCAUCAGAUGUGACGUGACAAAGACGGGAGAUUUGGCUGCUGCUUUCCAGAAGCACUUGGCAACAUAUGGAGGGUUAGACAUCUCUAUUAAUUGUGCUGGCAUUGGUACUUCCAUUCCAUUUCAAACGGAUCAAACUGAUGGCAGUCAUUCAUGGAGGCAUACCAUAAAUGUGAACCUGAUAGCAAUCAUCGAUUGCACUCGUCAUGCGAUUAACUGUAUGCAAGCUACCCGAAAACCUGGAGUGAUUAUAAAUUUGGGGUCUUGUGCGGGUCUUUAUCCAAUGUAUAUGGACCCUAUAUACUCGGGCUCCAAAGGCGGUGUUGUUCUUUUUACUAGAUCACUUGUUCCGUACAAACGGCAAGGUAUUCGUAUCAAUGUGCUCUGCCCUGAGUUUGUUCUGACUGAGAUGGGCUUAAAAAUAGAUCCUGCAUUCAUUAAUUUGACGGGGGGAUUUGUGCCGAUGGAAAUGGUUGUGAAAGGUGCAUUCGAGCUCAUUACCAAUGAGAGUAAAGCUGGGGCAUGUUUAUGGAUUACAAAUAGAAGAGGUAUGGAGUAUUGGCCCACUCCCGCAGAAGAAGCAAAAUACUUGGUGCGUUUGUCAAGUUCUGGAAAAAGAGUCUCGUCAAGUGUCUACUACGAAGACAUUCCAAUUCCUCAGAGUUUUGAGAAAAUAAUUGUGCACACCUUGAGUCAUAAUUUUCGUGCUGCUACCUCCAUAGUGCGCAGACCGUUGAAGUUGCCCAUUGAAUCUCGCCAAGUUCUGGUGAAAAUAAUUUAUGCUGGCGUAAAUGCUAGUGAUGUGAAUUUCAGCUCAGGCCGUUAUUUUAGUGGAAGCAACCAAGAUGUCUCAUCCCUUCUUCCAUUUGAUACUGGUUUUGAGGCAGUUGGGAUAGUUGCAGCAGUGGGAGACUCUGUAAAUGGCUUGAAAGUUGGUACUCCUGCUGCAGUCAUGACUUAUGGAGCUUAUGCUGAAUUCAUAAUGGUUCCUUCAAAACACAUACUUCCUGUUGCAAGGCCUGAUCCAGAAGUUGUUGCAAUGCUUACUUCAGGACUAACAGCAUCAAUUGCCCUAGAAAAGGCAGGACAGAUGGAAUCUGGAAAGGUUGUACUUGUUACUGCUGCAGCUGGUGGGACUGGUCAAUUUGCAGUCCAGCUUGCGAAAAUAGCAGGAAACACAGUUGUUGCAACUUGUGGAGGAGUUGAAAAGGCUCGACUUUUGAAAGAAUUGGGAGUUGAUAGAGUCAUAGACUAUAAAGCAGAAGAUAUUCAAACUGUUCUGAAAAAAGAAUUUUCCAAAGGUGUUGACAUCGUCUAUGAAUCUGUUGGUGGUGACAUGUUUAAUUUAUGCUUGAAUGCAUUGGCACUUUAUGGACGAAUGAUUGUGAUUGGAAUGAUUUCUCAGUAUCAAGGAGAGCAUGGAUGGAAACCUUUAGCUUAUACUGGACUGUGUGAGAAGCUCUUAGCAAAAAGCCAAACCGUGGCUGGUUUUUUCCUGAUACAAUAUUCUCACUUAUGGAAGGAACACCUUGAUAGACUAUAUCAUCUUUUCUCUAUGGGACAGCUUAAGGUUGCCAUAGACCCCAAAAAAUUUGUGGGCCUCCAGGCCGUUCCAGAUGCUGUUGAGUAUCUUCAUUCGGGUAAAAGUGCAGGCAAGGUGGUUGUCUGCAUUGAUCCAACUUUUGUUCCAAAAGCCUCAAAAUUAUAGGCAAGUAUUGGUAAAAGUUACCUAACUGGAUGUAAUUCCCACCUUUAAACAAAUAAUAAUGUUUGUGACAAAUUGCGAGCACAAGCCUACAAAUGCAAUAAGAUGACAAUAAAAGGGAGCCAUGUUCCUUUUUGGCUUUUUCAGUAAAUGGAUUCAAUAUGAAUGUCUACUUCUUCAUGUUUUGAUCUAUAUUAUAUCUAUAGGGUCUCCUUGCAUA